GAGCUGUACAUUGCAAUGUUUGCAUGGAACAAUUCCAGGGGUGCUUUUCACCGCCCCCGAGGGAGGAUCUGCAGCCAUAUCAUCAAAGUUUCUCAAGCAGUUCUCGACCGUCGCCUGGCGCUCCAGCUGGAGGACAGCAAUCACUUGAAACCCCCCCAGAGCCAAAUAGACACCGGAGAGAGCACAAUCAUGGAUCUCGCGGCGAGAUGUUUGCUUCUCCUUCCCUGCCUCGGUGUGAUUGUGGCACUGGAUUUGGAGCCGAUCGACCCCAGCUACUUCGUGGAGCCCGCCGCCGCCACAUCGGAGGUGAUCGACUACAAGGAUCCCUGCAAAGCUGCUGCCUUUCUGGGAGACAUCGCUCUGGAUGAGGAAGACCUGAAGUCAUUUAAAGUGGAUCGGAUUAUAGAUUUGGCCUCCAGAACUGUCCAGAUUGUUAAUCGCACAAACACAGGGUCUCCCAAUAGCCAAAACAGACAAAGCGCUCACCGUAGGAAACGGGCCGCCACGUCCAGACCGGAGCGUGUUUGGCCCGAAGGUGUCAUUCCAUAUGUCAUCAGUGGCAAUUUCAGCGGCAGCCAACGAGCGAUAUUCCGCCAAGCCAUGCGGCACUGGGAGAAGCACACCUGUGUGACCUUCAAUGAGAGGACGGUGGAGGAGAGCUACAUUGUCUUCACCUACCGACCGUGCGGGUGCUGCUCCUACGUGGGCCGGCGCGGAGGAGGCCCCCAGGCUAUAUCCAUUGGAAAGAACUGCGACAAGUUUGGUAUCGUGGUGCACGAGCUGGGCCACGUGAUCGGCUUUUGGCACGAACACACGCGGCCCGAUCGAGACGAACACGUCAGCAUUAUCAGAGACAAUAUUCAGCCAGGUCAGGAGUACAACUUUUUGAAAAUGGAGCCCGGCGAGGUGGAUUCCUUAGGAGAGGUCUACGAUUUCGACAGUAUCAUGCACUAUGCCCGGAAUACAUUCUCCAGGGGCAUCUUCCUGGACACCAUCCUGCCGCGCUACGAUGUGAAUGGUGUGCGACCACCCAUUGGCCAGAGAACCAGACUUAGCAAAGGGGAUAUCGCACAGGCACGCAAACUCUACAAAUGCUCCAAAUGCGGGGACAGUCUGCAGGAUAGCAACGGCAAUUUUUCCUCUCCGGGUUUCCCCAACGGCUACUCGGCUUACAUGCACUGCAUCUGGAGAAUAUCCGUCACGCCGGGAGAAAAGAUCAUUCUGAACUUCACUUCCAUGGAUCUAUACAGAAGUCACCUGUGCUGGUAUGACCAUGUGGAAAUCCGGGAUGGAUAUUGGAGGAAAGCCCCUCUCAAAGGUCGAUUCUGCGGCGACAAGCUACCCGAGCCAAUCAUCUCCACCGACAGCCGUUUGUGGAUCGAAUUCCGCAGCAGCAGCAACUGGGUGGGCAAAGGUUUCUCUGCCGUUUAUGAGGCCGUGUGUGGUGGGGAGGUGAAGAAGGACAGCGGGCAGAUCCAGUCCCCCAACUACCCCGACGACUACAGACCCAACAAAGCAUGCGUAUGGAAGGUUACCGUGGCUCAGGGCUACCACGUGGGCCUCACCUUCCAGUCCUUUGAAAUUGAGAGACAUGACAGUUGCGCGUACGACUACCUGGAGGUGCGUGACGGCAACUCGGAGAACAGCCCCCUGCUGGGCCGCUUCUGCGGCUACGACAAACCGGAUGACAUCAAAAGCAGCUCCAACCAGCUGUGGAUGAAAUUUGUUUCCGAUGGCUCCGUCAACAAGGCCGGCUUUGCAGCCAACUUCUUCAAAGAGAUGGAUGAGUGCUCCAAGCCAGACAACGGUCGCUGCGAGCAACGCUGUGUCAACACGCUGGGCAGCUACAAGUGCGCCUGCGACCCGGGCUACGAGCUAGCUGCCGACAAGCGCAGCUGCGAGGCUGCCUGCGGAGGCUUCAUCACCAAGCUGAAUGGUUCCAUCACCAGCCCCGGUUGGCCCAGAGAGUACCCGCCCAACAAGAACUGCAUCUGGCAGCUGGUGGCCCCCACGCAGUACCGCAUCACUCUGCUCUUUGACGUCUUUGAGACCGAGGGCAGCGACGUUUGCAAGUACGACUACGUAGAGGUGCGCAGCGGACUGUCGGCAGAUUCCAGGCUACACGGGAAGUUCUGCGGCGCCGAGAAACCCGAAGCCAUCACCUCUCAGUACAACAACAUGCGCAUCGAGUUCAAGUCCGACAACACCGUGUCCAAAAAGGGCUUUAAAGCACAGUUUUUCUCAGACAAAGACGAGUGCUCCAAGGAGAACGGCGGCUGUCAGCACGAAUGCGUCAACACCUUCGGAAGCUACAGCUGCCAGUGCAGGAGCGGCUUUGUGCUGCACGACAACAAGCACGACUGCAAAGAGGCCGGCUGCGAUCACACAGUGACCAGUGUGAGCGGUACCAUCACCAGUCCCAACUGGCCCGAUAAAUAUCCCAGCAAGAAGGCGUGCACUUGGUCGCUCACCACCACGCCCGGCCACCGCAUCAAAAUAGCUUUCAAUGAGAUCGACAUGGAGGCUCACCUGGAGUGCGCUUACGACCACAUCGAAAUCUACGACGGGAAAGACGGCAAAGCUCAAAGCAUCGGGCGCUAUUGCGGCACGAAGAAGCCGCAGCCCGUCACGUCCAGCGGCAAUAAACUCUUCGUCCGCUUCUACUCCGACAACUCCGUGCAGAAGAAAGGCUUUGAGGCAUCCCACUCUGCAGAAUGCGGCGGUCGCCUGAAGGCCGAGGUGAAGACCAAGGACCUGUUCUCGCACGCCCAGUUCGGGGACAACAACUACCCCGGAGCCUCCGACUGCCAGUGGGUGAUCUCGGCCGAGAAAGGCUACGGCGUGGAGCUCAUCUUCCAGACCUUUGAGAUCGAGGAGGAGGCGGACUGCGGCUACGACUACAUGGAGCUCUUUGACGGGGCUGACACCAAGUCUCCGCGCUUGGGACGUUACUGCGGCUCGGGACCACCCGAGGAGAUCUACUCGGCCGGCGACUCCAUCGUGAUCAAGUUCCGUUCGGACGACACCAUCAACAAGAAAGGAUUCCACGUGCGCUACACCAGCACCAAGUUCCAGGAUACGCUGCAUUCGCGCAAGUGACGAGUGGGGGCCGCAAGGGGCCGCGCGGCGGGGCAGAGGGCCACCCGGAGGGGCCCCAAAGGGAGGCUCCCGCCUACCGCUCGGAAACCUUCGGCCACCAACGCCAAUCAGAUGCGACAGAAGAGCCGCAAGAGCGCCGGCACCAAGCGCACCUCAGCUCCCAGGGGCUCCCCCCGCAGACUGUGAGGAGUAAAGCCAUUCUGCAGUACACCUUCUUUUGACCUUUUUACGCUUAGGAUCCAUCGGGCUUUGGCGGACAGCGACGGGAGUGGGGGCGUUUAUUGACCUGACCCCUCCUCUCCCAUUCUGGUUCAUUCUGAUUCUUUUUUUUUUCUAGUUUUUUUAUUUUUAUUUUUAAAGGUGCCUCCUCACAUGGCACAACAAGGAAACCAGUGGAUUCUCAGGAUCUAUAGGAAACGGCGGGCAUCAUCCCUGCUCUUGCCGCACCAGACCACCCUCCUCCUCCUCAUCAUCAUCAUCACAAAGGACUUGAGCGGUGGGCCUGGGCGUGUGCACCGGGGAACAACUGCAGCAGCAUUCUGUGUAACGACGGGCGACGUGACGGCCACACUCUCACUUGUUAGCAUUAACCCAGGAACAUAAGGAAGCAGUUUUCUUAUUAAAGGACUAAUCAAUGAAAUGUGGUCCAUGGUCUUCUGGUCGGUCAUUACUGUACCUCCAUGAUGUGUAAAGUGUGUAUGCGUGCGUGCGUGCGUGAUCUUUCAAAGGGAACAUGUGCUUCUUCUUUUUUUUUUUUUUCUUCUCAGCUUAAACCAUUUAGCACUUUACAGUGAAUUGUUCCAAAAUCAUUGAGCGUCGAUGGAUUUUUGUGAAAUGCAAUGCCAGUUCACUUCUUUUUAAAUGCAUUUUAUCUCUCUCUUAUUCAAAAUCAAAUUUGUUUUGUUUUUUUCUCUCUCUUUUGCUCCAUUUUAGUUCCUCGGGCAUACUUGAACAUUGUGUGUGCCCUGUGACGUGGGGUAAUAAAGAUAUGACUUAUG